AUGUCCACCGUAACGAGCACGGCUGCACAUGCAUCCGCCACAGCAGCAUGUCCCAACCUAUACGAUACCCCUGUCCACGACGCCGUCUGUGCCAUGCCAAACACUGGUAACUACACGGAGGUCAUGUUCUCAUGCUGCAAAGAAGCAGACGUCGUUAGCUACUACAACGGCUGCGGUCUGUACUGCCUAGCUUCUGGCCAGAAUGUUGGGGACCUCUCCGACUGCCUGUACAAAGAGGGUGCGGCAUGGGAAGACGUCUUUUGUCGGGGCAACGAAUCUGCCACUGCGACCGGCACGGCCACUGAAGUACCGGCGAGUGCCUCGGCCAGCAUCCUGAGUUCCAGCCGAGCUACCUCGACCAGCAAGCCUCAGGAUGGCACUGCAAAGAACGGGACAGAUUCUAAAAGCGCUGCAGCCACCGCACAACCGAAAGCUACCUCGUUUGUCUCUCUUCUGGCGGCAUCACUACUGAUGUCUGCGGCUUUUGCGUGCACGCUUUCCUAA